AUGAAACAAAUUAAACCUGCUCCUUCAAUUCCAACCAAAAUAAAAGGGAAAGAUCUUAUUCUUAAAUCAUAGAAUAUUUAAAAAAUAAAGCAAUAUGAAUUUGAUCACUUUUUAGAUUAAGUUAAUCAACCAAAAAGAAUUGAUAAAUUUACAGAAUAAAUUCCUCCUCUGCCUUGUUAAUUUAAAUAGAGAUAAAUCAAAGAUAUUAUAACUCUGCCUGAAUUUAUUUAAAUGGAAAAUCCUCCCCCUUUUGGAGGUGCACAAGCUGUAAAUGACAAAGAUGAUGUAUAAAUAUUACUAUUAUAAGUAAGCAAUUAUGGAAGAAAAAUUAUAAAUGGAUUUGUUUUAAUACUUAAGAAUUAAAUAAUUGAAAUAAGAAGAAGAAAAGAAAGAGAGAUACUCAUCUAUACAUGAAGAUAACUAUUCUGAUACUGUUGUUACAAUAGAGAAUAUUUAACAUGAAUUAUAAAAAGAGCAUGAUCAGUAUAUAGAGAAAUUUGUGAAAAAACUAGAAGAAGAGAAAAUUGAAAAGAAAGUUUCAGAAUUUGUUAGAUUACCUUUACCAGAAUUACUAAAAAUUCCAAAUUCAUUCCCUAUAUAGAAGAAAGUAAUCCACUAUAUUUUAAUCAUGAUUAGGAUCAAUAUAGAGCUCUAUCUGCUUAAGAUAGGAAAUAGGUCUAAAAUGAACAUUAAACAAAACAAUAAGAAAUUAAGGCUGAAAUACCAAAAAAAAGUCUUUAAGAAAUGGAAAAAAUGAUUGAAGAAACAAAGAAAGAUUAUUUCAAAAUUAUAAGAGAUUUGGAUUUUUUAAAUAAAGGAGCAAGACAAUUAAAAAAUGCUACUUCAUAAUAAUAUGGUAUUAGAAAAAAAGUUGAUGAACCAAAUAUUGAAAAAUUAAUCAAAUAAGUAAAAGAUACAAUUUGGUAUACAGAAGGUAUAACAAAUGGAUUUGAUAGAGAAAUGGCAUUAAUAUAAUAUAAAAAUUCUAAGGCUAAAAAUCUAAUUGAUAUUAAUAAAGUUUUAGAGCAAUCUGAUGUUUAAGAAUAAAAGUAGGAUAUAAUAAAAAAAGAAGAAAUUCCAUCAAGAAUUGAAAAAUAAGAGGAAAAGAAAUUAAAUAAUUCAAGUUUAAUUUCCUAAAAGACAUAAGCCUCAGCAAAAACUGUAACUAAAGUGGUGAAUUCAAAAAAAGGAAAAGAACUUUAGGAUAUGAUGUCUGAUGAUUUAUUUUGA